UUUGUAACUAUACAUUACCAGUUUAGUAUAUUAAUAAAAGAUAACUCAGCUGUAAAAGGCGUGACCUUAGAAUUGAAACAAGUCGAGAGUUCAGAUAGAAUAUUAAUCGUGUUUCAUUAGCGAGUUGCACACAGUGUGCGUUGUUGUUGUCAUCACUCAGCCGCGGACCGCGAGUGCGCACCGGGCGCCGGCGCUGUGCACACGAGACGCGAUCUACAACCACUUAUAAUAAGACAGCAGAUAUCACACAACUCAUUCACUAGCUGAUAUUUGUAUAUUCACUAAGUGCUCACUUCAAAAAGUAAACUAUAUAACUGUUCAUCAUGGCACCUAUCGCAGAGAACGCUCAAAUUCAGCCACUGGAAAAUGAAAUUAAGGCAUCGGCUUUGGAAUUGAUUGGCAACACCCCCAUCGUCGCCCUGGACCGACUCUACACUGGCCCCGGAAGGAUUCUGGCGAAAUGUGAGUUCAUGAACCCUGGUGCAUCAAUUAAAUGUCGUUCGUCACUGAGCAUGAUCCAGCGAGCUCUGAAGUCUGGAGAGCUGAAGCCUGGCGCACCGGUGGUGGAGGUCACCUCUGGUAACCAAGGCUGCGGGCUCGCCGUCGUGUGCGCUGUACUACAACACCCGCUAACACUCACCAUGUCCAAGGGUAACAGUGCUCAAAGAGCGAUACACAUGGAGGCCCUCGGUGCAAAAUGUGUCCGCGUUGACCAAGUUGAAGGAACGUACGGAAAUGUAACACUAGCAGAUGUCAAGGCCGUUGAAGAAGUUGGCCUGAAAAUAGUAGAAGAGCAAAAUGCAUACUACGUUAACCAGUUCAGUAAUGAAGGAAACUCGUCAGCGCACUACACAACUACGGGCCCUGAGAUUUGGAAACAAACUGGCCACCGCGUAGAUGCCUUCGUAGCAACAGUUGGCACUGCGGGCACCUUUAUGGGUACAGCCAAAUAUUUGAAGGAACAGAACCCCAACAUUAAAACAUACGUCGUGGAGCCUGCUGGUGCUGAGGCGAUCAAGGGUGACAUAGUGACGAAGCCUCUUCAUUUACUUCAAGGUUCAGGAUACGGUUGUGUUCCAAAUCUGUUUAAAUAUGAAUACAUGGAUGGGACAUUGAGCGUGACUGAUGAGGAGGCAGUUAAGUACAAGGAUUUGGUUGGUGCGAAGGAGGGAUUGUACGUGGGAUACACGAGUGGGGCGAACGUGGCGGCUGCUGUCAAGCUGCUGGAGUCUGGCCUGAUUCCUGAAGACUCUUGGGUCGUCACCCUGCUUAACGACACGGGCCUCAAGUACACACCCGUGCCCGAAGAACUAUUCAAGUAACAUGUAUCUAGUUUAUUAAUAUUGUAUAAUAUAUUUUGUAAACAUAGAUAAGUUAAUUCUAUAGUCUAACGAUAAGUGUUUAUUGAGUAACAUAGGAUAAGAGAAAA